GAAAGUUACGGCUCUUCAUCUAAUUUCCCAAAAAAAUGACCGAAAACCUGACGAAACAGUUGAAUUCUUGCAAGAUCGCCCACGCUCCCUCGCUAUCUGGUAUGCCAUUGGAUAUUAUCAACAGGAUUCUUGACAAGUUGGAUCCAAUCUUUCGAUUUUCUCUCCGGAGAGUGUGUCGGAAUCUGAGAAACGUCAUUGAUAACAGAGACCCGGAAAUUGAGCAAGUACAUGUUCUUUUCCAGUCAAACCAAAGUGUUCUUACUAUCAACUCAACAUUUGAGUUUGACUACAAUCUGUAUGCUAUACUGGAUGAUUUGGCAAGUUUGUGGAAGAACCCGAAACUUCAGUUGAAAUCAUUUUAUGCCUCAACAUCAGGAAAACAUCAGGAAACUGUAGUGGAUUCGUUUGAGGAAAUUGCUAGAUUAGAUUAUCAGAUUCACUGCAAACAUUUUGGACUUUAUCUGUUUGAAUUUGAUGAUGUGUUAACUUUCUUGCCCCUUUUUAAACCUGGAAUUCUAGAAGAGAUUGUCAUAACUACGUUCGAGCAAGUAGGAAACGAUGAAGCAUUUGAUAUAAUUGAAACGGAACAAUGGAAACAAGCAAAAUCAAUUACUUUGCAUUCAAUGAACAAAUUGAGUUACUUCACUUUUCCCAUUGAAGACCUUUUUCAUCUGUGCAAAUUCUCUGUGUCACUAGAAGAAUUAACAGUUUUUGAUGCACUUAAAAUCAGAAAUAUUCUCCUGAAAUCCGUACAUUUUGAAGCUGGUCAAAUCAAUGUAAAAAACAAAAUCCAGGAUGAUGUUUUGAGAGUUUUCAACCCAGAAUUCAACGAUAAUAUUUUUCGCUAUGACAAUUUUGAACUCACUUUUAAGUUAAAUUCGUUGAACGUUAAAAAGAUUUAAAGAAAUCUUUUCUAUUCUGGUUGAUUUUUUCAAAUGAAAAUUAACAAUUUGUUUGAAAAAUAUGCCGCUUCAACUUCAGAAGUACACAGUUAUUUUCUGUAAAGCGUGAAAAAAUGGCAUCUUACAAGAAUACAACUGAUUCAUUAGGUUGGUCAUUUUGGUCUGAUCAGUCGUUCUCUGAAAAAUAUUGAGAGAUAAUGAGAGAAACACUGAGUAAAUAUGAUACACAGACAAUCCCUUGAAAAAUAGCUCAUAGGUGUUUGUUAAACAAUGAACAUUUUUAAAGUGGGUGGAGCUUGUUAGGUUUUGUUGCUAAUAGUAAAUUGAAAUUGCUUUUAUUUUUUCUAAUUUAAACUUUCAAAAGGUUCACUUUUUUCUAGAAGUCUCUAAAUCUAAUUUUUCUUUUUGACACGUUCCUGAACUUUCUUCAUAGAAGUUUCAAGAAUGUUCCAGAGCAAGGUUUCUGAUAUGAUAUUUUGCUCACUUGUGCGUGCUCUUCGUUUAUCAAGUGUGACAAUAUUCUCUGUUAGUUUUCAGAACCCGAAAAAUGACCGACAACCUGCUGAAUCAGUUGGAAUCUUGCAAAAUGUUAGUUUUUUUUUCAAAUAUUUUUUACCCGAAACGCAGAGAAAGCAACAUCAUAAACAUAUCUAUGUAGAUCAAAAAAAUUCCAUGCCAAUUUCUAAAACCAGCAAGAUUGUUGACAAAAUGGAUUUCAAAAAUAAGUAAUAUAACCUCAGUUUUUGUCAUUUGAAUCAAGAUAACAAAUUUUCAGAUGUAUUCUCCGCGGCGUGUGCAAAUCGAAGAAAAAUACUCAUUUGGAUUCACUCCUGGGGUGUUUAUCAGUGUUGAUGAAGAAUUCGGAACUUCAGUUGGAUUCAUUGGAUAUCAUAGUUUACCACAAUCAUAACACAAUAGUUAAGUGGUUCGAAGAACUAGUCCAAUCGAAAAAUCAGACUCACUGCAAACAUGUCCAACUGGUGGCACCUGGAGUUCAGCGUAUGUUAUCUUUCUUGUCCCAUUUCAAACCUGAAUUUCUCGAAACAAUCAUUAUUGCACAAAAUGGAGUGGAGAAUUCGGGAGAAAUUUGUAAAUUCAUUGAUAUAGUUGAAUCGGAACAAUGGAAACGAGCGAAAUCGAUUUAUGUCUAUUCAAUAAUCUCCUCCAAUUUUCCAAUUGAAAACCUCUUCCAUCUGACCGUUUUCUGUGUUCCGUUGGGAGAAUUGGCAGUUUCUGAUGCAAUUAAAAUUAGAGAUGUGAAUUUAAGUACUUUUAAUAUUUAAAUUAAUCUAAGACUUGUUUCCAGAUUCUUCUGAAGUCCGCUCAUUUCGAAUAUGGCCAAAUCGAUGUGAAGGAAAACAUUCCGCAGGAGGUUGUGAGAGUUUUUGUUCCAGAAUUCAAUGAUGAAAUCCCUCGCUAUCGUUCUCGUGGGCUUGAAUUCAAAGUCGAUCAAUUUCAACUCACAUUCAGCUUUAACUCGGUGAUAAUCAAAAAGACUUGAAGAAACCUUUUUAUUU